AUGGUGAUUCUAUCUAAACUUCCAAAAGGAUCUUCAUCUUCUUCAUCACUACAUGGUUAUAGUUCAUCAGCUCGUGUUCAUACUCCAUCUACUCAUGGUCAUAAUUCAUUAACUUCUAAUCAUAGAUAUGAUGUAUUUUUAAGUUUUAGAGGUGUUGACACUCGUCAUAGUUUCACUGAUCACCUUCAUAAGGCCCUCAUUCAUGCCAAUAUCAAUACCUUCUUGGAUGAUGAAGACAUUGAAACAGGGGAAGAUCUGAAACCAGAACUGGAGAGUGCGAUUAAGGCAUCUCAGGCUUCUAUUAUUGUGUUGUCUAAGAAUUAUGCUUCUUCAACAUGGUGCCUGGAUGAAUUGGUGCUGAUCCUUGAGCAACGGAUGACAUCCAACCAUAUCGUCAUCCCAAUCUUUUAUCAUGUGGAGCCCACACAUGUCAGGAAGCAACAAAGUAGCUUUGGGGUUGCAAUGGAUAAGUAUAAACAGACAAUGGAGGCAGAGACAAAUGCAAAUAAAAGAAGUCAAUGGGCUCAAAAGAUGGACCAAUGGAAUAAAGCGCUUACACAAGUUGCUGAUUUAAAAGGGAAUGACAUAAAUGGCAGGUUGGAGACAGUGUUUAUUGAAGAAAUUGUGAAGGACAUCCACCGUAGAUUACAUGUACACUUAAGGAGCGUUCGGCCACAACUUAUUGGGAUGAAUUAUCAUAUUAACUUUGUAACUUCAUGGUUGAAAGAUGGAUCCUCGCAUACAGCAGACAUACUUACUAUUUAUGGUAUAGGUGGGAUCGGGAAGACAUCUUUAGCCAAACAUGUCUAUGGGCUAUAUUCUCAUGAAUUCCAUACAGGCAGCUAUAUUGAAGAUAUCACCAGGAAAUGUGAUGGGAAGUUUAAUGGGUUGCUUGAUUUACAAGAACAACUCUGCUAUGACAUUUCAAAAACAAGUUCAAUUAAAGUUCAUGAUGUUUCAGUAUACACCGCAAAGAUAGAGAAUGCACUAGCAUGUAAGUUCUUGAUGAUAUCAGUACCCUUGUUCAGUUGGAUGCACUACUUGGAAGCAAAGGCUUUCAUCCUGGAAGCAAAGUUAUAA